GUACGCUUGUAACUCUCUGGACAGUCUCAUUAAAGUUUCAAUUUGGCUUUGGUGAUAAUUUUUUAAGCAAUUUUAACAAUCGUGGAUUAUGUUAUAGAUUUAAUUAGUAAAUUAAUUAAGAAUGUUAGUUUUUCAUAGACGAUGGAUUCACUUACACCUUGCUCUUGCCUAUACAUUUUUGAUAGAAAUAAAUGCUCAAUUAAAAAUUGUAGAACAAGAUGUUAGUGGUCCAUGCGCUGAUUAUCGAAUAGGAGACGACGAUUUGCAAGCGUACGAUUUCAUACGACAAUUUCGACUGGAUUUACUGGAAACGCAGUAUUCGGGAAUAAGUAGAGUGACUGGAUCCAGUUCUUUGCAAACCGCUUAUCGAAUUGAACGAUCUGCGGACCUGACCUUACCUACCAGAAACGUUUUUCCGCUGGGAUUACCUGAACAAUUCUCCUUUAUUUCGACAUUCCGCUCAAGAAAACUAGCAAAAUCUACUUGGCACAUGAUUAGGGUUUCGGACAUCAGGCAAAGACCGCAAUUUUUCGUUGCGUUGAAUCCUAGACAGCAAAGUAUCGAAUUUUCCAUAUCCAAUUAUGAAGGACGAAUGCAAACUUUGAGAUUCUUCAAUGCUAAGGUUUUUGAUAGAAAUUGGCACAAAAUCCAUUUCGGAGUCUACAGAGACAAAAUCAGUCUUUUUGUCGAUUGCAAAGAUAUGCAGGAAAAAGCCAUGGAACCUCGCGGUCCUAUCGAUGUCAAUGGAAAUAUAACAAUUUCGAAGUUUGCUAAUUCAAAAGAAACCGUUCCAAUCGAUUUACAAUGGAUGCUAAUGAGUUGCGAUCCAACAAAACCACGAAGAGAACUUUGUCUGGAAAUACCAAAACCAGCAUAUCAACCAGCUUAUUUUGAACCAACAUCACCUGGAGUAGUUACACCACAAAAUCGAUCCUGCGAUGUAAUUUGCCCUAGAGGAUUACCUGGAUUCAAUGGUACAGAUGGAUUACCAGGUGAAAGAGGUUUUCCCGGUCCACAAGGACUUUCUGGACUGCCAGGACCUAGAGGUGAAAGAGGAGAAUUUGGAACACCUGGAUAUCCAGGAAUGCCUGGACCUAAGGGCUUUAAAGGCGAAAUUGGUGUUCAAGGAUCAGCAGGAGAUAAAGGAGCAAGAGGACUUCCAGGUCCUAGAGGAACUCCUGGCUUACAAGGCAUUCCUGGCAUCAGAGGACUUCCCGGCAAUUCCGGCUCAGCAGGACCUCCUGGAGCUAUUGGCGAGCCAGGUCCAAAAGGAAGCAGAGGCGACGAUGGAUUUGCUGGUCUGAAAGGCGAACGGGGAUUCGACGGUGUUCCUGGACUACCUGGACCCGUUGGUCCUUCAGGACCGCCAGGUCCCCCUGGCACAGCUGUUGCCGCAAACGAAGCUAUAUUACUUGAAGGACCACCUGGUCCUAUAGGCCCCAGAGGAUUACCGGGACCUCCUGGUGAAGAAGGAUUAUCUGGACCUAGAGGUCUACCAGGAUUUCCUGGACAAGAUGGCAACGAAGGCCCAUUUGGACCAACAGGCACUAAAGGAGAUAAAGGAGAUCAGGGUAUUCAAGGAGAACGAGGAUAUCCUGGACUAAUGGGUCCACCAGGUCCAUCAGGAUUUUCAAUAGGCAACGAAGUAGCCGCAACCAUUCCAGGUCCUCGAGGCGAACAGGGUUUUCCAGGUCCUCCCGGCGAAAAAGGUAGUCAAGGAGACCGAGGCGAGCCAGGACCAAAAGGCGACGAAGGACCCAGAGGUUACCCAGGCUUACCGGGACUGGAUGGUGCGCGAGGACCUCCAGGGAAAGAGGGAUUACCUGGAUUGGAAGGUGCUAAAGGAAAUCCUGGAUUUAUUGGACCGCCCGGAGCAAUUGGGCCGAUAGGUCUUACUGGAGCAAUUGGGCCUCAAGGACCUUUAGGUCUUACUGGACCGCAAGGUUUUAAAGGGGAACCUGGUGAACCUGGACGACCUGGAUUACCAGGUGUAAUUGCUGAUAUUGGAGAUAGAGUAGGUGUACCUGGCCUACCCGGUUCUAACGGUGAGCCUGGUGAAGCAGGAGAAAAAGGCGAUCGGGGUUUUCCAGGUUUACAAGGCCCACCAGGAUUGACGGGAUCUCGUGGACCUGAAGGUCCCGAAGGAAUAAGAGGUCCUCCUGGAGAACAAGGUCCGAUAGGAGUUAAAGGUGAAGCUGGCCCGAGAGGCUUUGCUGGAGCUGCAGGUGCACCAGGAAGAGACGGAGUGCCUGGAUUAUCUGGAACACCUGGCCGUAAAGGGGGUCGAGGUGAAAUGGGUGAACAGGGAUCUAUUGGACCUAGAGGGUAUCCAGGAAAUCAGGGAAAUCCAGGAUUACCAGGACCACAAGGAUUGCCUGGACUAACUGGUCCAGAAGGAAAAACAGGUGCAGUGGGACCAUCCGGACCUCCAGGUCCGCCAGGAGAAAUGAGAGAUGUUUCGGGAUUGGUAGAAGGAGGAUAUUCCAGAGGAGUCCAUGGACCAAGAGGUGUUCCUGGACCAGCAGGAAUUCCUGGGGAAAGAGGAGCUGCAGGAGAUCGUGGACCAGAAGGACCUGGUGGCCCGCCAGGCAUGCCGGGAAACGAUGGAGCUCCAGGAAUUCCUGGGACUCCUGGACAAAGAGGGCAGCCCGGAUUACCCGGUAUUGAAGGACAACCCGGUCGGACUUAUACAGAAAUAGAAAUACGAGACAUUUGUGCAAUCGUUCUGAGAGACCAACUCGCUGAACUUUCGCAAUCGCUUAUUGGACCUCCUGGACCUCCGGGUGUAUCGAAACCGGGCAGAGUUGGACCACCAGGACCACCUGGUCCUCAAGGAAACACAGGUCCACCAGGUCUACCUGGAGAGAGAGGCUUCAUGGGCCUUAGCGGUGCUGCUGGUCCUCCAGGUUCCAUAGGCAUGCCCGGAGAAAAAGGUGAAAAAGGAGAUAGAGGUCAGGAAGGAGUCGGAAUCGAGGGACCUGCUGGAGUAAGAGGCCCACCAGGACCACCAGGACUUCCUGGGGAAGGCGUGCCAGGUAGCAGAGGUGAACGAGGAGAAGCAGGUCGGACAGGUCCACCAGGACAACAGGGUAUGCCAGGGGCCCAAGGACCUCCAGGAUAUUGCGAAUUCUGUAACAAUUACGCCCAAAACUAUCAGCAAAUGUAUGCUGCCUAUGUUGCAGCUCGUAAUGCUGGAAAUAAUAAAGGGCCCUAAAAUUACUUAAUUAACUGUAUUAUUAGGCUAAGCUAAAUUGAAAAUAAAAUGUAAGUAA